AUGUCCUUCGAGCCUUACAAGCCUCUGAAGUGCCUAACCCCUACAGGUAGAGCUAGCGCCUUGCUGAGGUCAUUUCGACACAGACCUACGCUCUGCACGAUUGAUUUUUCUGGGUGCAUCGCGCUGAUCCAAGCUUUCUUCCACGCUGUGGAUGUCAACCACAACGGUGAAAUUUCGCUGGACGAGCUUCGCUUCUUCCUGGAUGACGCCACCAUGGAGGCCUUUUUCCGGACUCUGGGCUUUGAUGUCUACGACAAGCAGCGGUUCAUGGAGCUGCUGGAUGUCGAUGACUCCGGGGAAGUCAGCUACGAAGAGUUCCUGGAGGGCUGCAUGCGGUACAGGGGAGUGGCGCAGGGAGUCGACGUGCAUACCGUCAUCCGCCACCUUGGUCGUGCCCUGGCUUCUCACGUGCCUCAGACCAUGCCACCAUGGCUUCAACACUCCGUGAAUGCUCUUCACGCGGACCUGGCAGACUUCACGAAACCCGGGCAGUCGCUCGAAAGUCGGGCACCGCCUCCUGGCAAAGUGCCAGGGAAGCGGCGGCCAAUGAUGGGGCUUUAG